AUGUCCACCCGCCCUCUCUGCCUCGUCACCACUCGCAAUUCCCCAUCUCAACGGGCGCAUUUCGCAGUUUUUGUCCCAUCCACAACGAACUCCAAAAUUGGUACCACAAUCCAGGUCGUUGGCGCGCCUAUGGUGGGGUAUACUCUCGAAUUCAAACGGAACGAUGCGCCGAUGAACACCACGGGAUCCUAUACACAGGUCACGAUAGGACAGGUCCAUUCGGACCAUGUUCGAGAUGCGCCAAACGCCAAUCCAUUAACUAAAUCUACGCCGAUAAAUGAUCUCGAGGUCGCAGCGAGUCAAGUGCCGCCUCCCCGGAUCAGCCAGAACUUUAUGGCGCCGGUGAAUGAUACUACCAAUAAGAGAUGCCAAGAGUGGACCAUGGAAUAUGUUCGUCAUCUCGUUGCCAAAGGAUUCAUUGCGCCGGAGGCAAUUGAAAUUGUCCAGUCGAAACGGGACCCGCCAACCCAUGGAAUUGGCCUGCUACCUGUUACAUAUUGA